AGAUCGCUUUCUUUUCGAUUGAAAUACCGGCAUCACAUGUCGAUCGAAUGACACGAGCUCCCUGAAAUUGUCUCCUAGAAUACGGUUACGAAGAAUUUCCUACUCUUGUUGUAUACAACACUCUGUAGAGCCAGGUGUAAUCCAACGUUUGUUUAAGAUCAUAAGUUCAGGGAUCAAUGAAGCUCGGUUUAGAGUCAAUAAUUUAUUUUCUAGUCCUCCUGGCAUAUGUUCUUCAAGUGGCUCUUGCUAUUCACUGCUUCAAGUGCAAAUCAGAAACGUCAUGGUCGGAAUGCGAUCUUCGUGUGAAUCAAGAAGCCAAUCGAGACUGCCCAGCGGAAAAGAUCCGAUGUAUAGCUGUGAAGGAAAGGAAGAAUCCAAGAGAACGGGAGGAAUACAGGAAAGACUGCGCUGGCCGUCUUGAAAAUCCGUGUCAUGAAAAACGUGUAGAGGAUUGUAGGUCCACCUUAUGUGAUACUGACCUAUGUAACUUUGCUCUCACCCCAUCAGCCACCCUCAUUGCUUCUGGCUUCCGCUGCUUCCGUUGUAUAAGCGAGAAAUCUUGGGACGACUGCGUUGAAAAAGCUGAAGAGAUCAUCUGCGAAACAGGCUACAGAAAGUGCUACAAACUAGAGUUUAAGAGGGAAAACGGCGUCACUGAAUACAUAAAAGACUGCACUGUCCCUCUGGCCUGUGGAAACUCGUCAAUCAAUAUGCCUCAAGCCGAACGUCGCAACAUUCAGUGCUGUGGCCAACAUCUUUGCAACGGGGCGAGUAUCAAGAGCUCCCCUGUGGCAAUAUUUGGUCUUCUUCUCCUUGUCAUCACGGUGGUAUUCCUUUUUGAUGUCCAAAACGAUUUGUUGGUAAUCAGGAUCCCCUCAAGUUGUUAUCUUGAUCUAACGCCAAACUCUCAGAACUUAUUUUCAAGGAUAUGUGUACCAGUUAGAGGGAAGAAUUAA